GUGUACUGCAGCUGGUGGAGCAGCAGAGCCACAGAGUGAUGAUGUUCCACGCCACAGUGAGCCAGGCCAGAGCCAACAUGGACGCCAUGACAGGACUCAUACAGGGAUGGGCGGAGCUUCAGCUGCUGCAGCGAUCAGCUGACUCGCUGCUGGAGGGCGGAGCCACAGAGCAGAGCUGCCGACGAAUCAGAGACGAGGGACAGGAGCUGCUCCGGCUCACACAGGUGAACAGGAGUCUGUACGCUGCUGAGGACUCCUCCGAGUCCUGGAUCAGAUAUCUGGACCACAUCGACGACAAAGUCCAGCACGGACUGUUCCAGAUGCUGCUGAGAUCACUGCACUUCCUGUCUGACAACAUGGACCCAGAGAGCUGCAGCUCUGUGUUUCUGGCCAUCAGUCUCCAGCUGCAGGAGACAGGAAGUGUGUUUGAGCCGUCAGUGGGAGGCGGCCUCACCGACCUCCUGAAGAGCGCCAUCUCUGACAUUUACACCGCCGCCAGUUUGCCGCCCAGGAUCUCUGUGAGUCGCCACGGCAACUACCAGGUGACCAUGACAUCACUGUGA